AUGAACCGGAAAGCGCGGCGCUGCCUGGGCCAUCUCUUUCUCAGCCUGGGUAUGGUCUACCUCCGGAUCGGUGGCUUCUCCUCGGUGGUAGCUCUGGGCGCGAGCAUCAUCUGUAACAAGAUCCCAGGCCUGGCUCCCAGACAGCGGGCGAUCUGCCAGAGCCGGCCCGACGCCAUCAUCGUCAUAGGAGAAGGCUCACAAAUGGGCCUGGACGAGUGUCAGUUUCAGUUCCGCAAUGGCCGCUGGAACUGCUCUGCGCUGGGGGAGCGCACCGUCUUCGGGAAGGAGCUCAAAGUGGGGAGCCGGGAGGCCGCCUUCACCUACGCCAUCAUUGCUGCUGGCGUGGCCCAUGCCAUCACAGCCGCCUGCACCCAGGGCAAUCUAAGUGACUGUGGCUGCGACAAAGAGAAGCAAGGCCAGUACCAUCGGGAUGAGGGCUGGAAGUGGGGUGGCUGCUCGGCCGAUAUCCGCUAUGGCAUCAGCUUCGCCAAGGUCUUCGUGGAUGCCCGGGAGAUCAAGCAGAACGCCAGGACGCUCAUGAACCUGCACAACAAUGAGGCGGGCCGGAAGAUCCUGGAGGAGAACAUGAAGCUGGAGUGUAAGUGCCAUGGUGUGUCAGGUUCCUGUACCACCAAGACCUGCUGGACUACGCUGCCACAGUUCCGAGAGCUCGGCUAUGUGCUCAAGGAUAAGUACAACGAGGCCGUACAUGUGGAGCCUGUGCGUGCCAGCCGCAACAAGCGGCCCACCUUCCUGAAGAUCAAGAAGCCACUAUCAUACCGCAAACCCAUGGACACAGACCUGGUGUAUAUUGAGAAGUCACCCAACUACUGUGAGGAGGACCCAGUGACAGGCAGCGUGGGCACGCAAGGUCGCAUCUGCAACAAAACAGCCCGCCAGACCAGUGGCUGUGACCUCAUGUGCUGCGGCCGUGGCUACAACACCCACCAGUAUGCACGAGUGUGGCAGUGUAACUGCAAAUUCCACUGGUGCUGCUAUGUCAAGUGCAACACCUGCAGUGAGCACACCGAGGUGUACACGUGCAAGUGA